AUGAGCACACGAUUGCAGUCUCGGCUCCCUCAUCGACCUAAUGUAAUAAGCCUACUUCCACUGGCUCCCACUAUUCAAGCGGCACCACCCGCCUCGACAUUGGCUCAGAUUGAGAAACCAGCUAAUCAACCUUUCAUCGAUAUCUCUUCGGACCCUAAACUUGCUUGCUGGACUCGCUCGAUCCAUGUUUUCCCUGCGGCCUACCCUCGUUCUAUUGCUGGAUCAGCCGUUUAUGAGGCUGUUCCUCCCACAAACCCACGCUCACAGGAUGCUGCGAGAAUUGCAGAAGACAUUAGAGCUCGAAACGUAAACGCCGAACGAAGGGUCGAGACUGAAUUGGGUGCGGCCACUAACGAGCCCCAGUUAUUCAUCGCAGCCGCUCGAUAUUUCAACCAUUCAGUGAAAACUCGCCAAAAUAAUGUGAGUGAUGGAGAGCCCAUCACUCUGGUAUUAAGUCAUGCAAACGGAUUCCACAAGGAGACUUGGGAGCCGAUGUUGGCUCAUCUACUCCUAUCUCCAGGGGGUCGAAAAAUCAAAGAAAUCUGGGCGCUUGAUUGCGCUAAUCAUGGUGACAGUGCCAUUCUGAAUCUUCGUACUCUUGGUUUGAAUUUUGAUUGGGCGGAUAACGCUCGCGAUUUACUGAACUUCGUGCUAUCAUACUUACCUGAUCAAAAUUCAUCUGAGUCUAGUCUGCCUAUGGUUUUACCGCCUCUUGACUGCCCGUGUCCACAACUCUUCCGGCUUGACAAGUCGCCUCCGUUGCAUUCCUAUGGCCCAGUCCGUUGGCGUCAUCGAAGACUGGGGCUCCUUGGACACUCCUUGGGUGGCUGCGCGUCCAUGUUGGCAGCUACAUCAAUUCCAGAACUAUUUGCUGAGGUUAUACUGGUUGACCCAGCUGUUAGACCAAAACAUGAUGAAGAAAUUGAGACCGCGGUUGGACUCGCCACUUUUGCCGCGGCCCGGAAAAAUGAAUGGGAGAGUCGAGCGGUGGCCUUGGAAAAAUUUCAGAAAAAUACAAUCUAUUUUGGUCGUUGGGAUCCUCUAGUCUUGAAAAAAUACGUUGAAGAUGCCUUGGGAUCUGGUCAGUUGGUAAAGUUGAAGUGCAACAAGCUUCACGAAGCAUCCGUCUUCACUCAGCCUCACGGUCGAGUUUCUGAAGCAUAUUCCAGGUUCUGGAAUUUGUUCAACGAAAACAUAACAGAAAAACAGACAGUUUCACUGGGUAGCGAUCAUCUUCCAUUUCGAUUUUUCUUGGUACUUGGAAAUCAAGCCGAAUCAAUUGUGCCAGAAGAAGCUGUCUGUAAAUUUGGCUUUGUCAGAAUGAACCAAUCUGGUCACUUAAUUGUUCAAGAGAAUCCACGGGAGUUGGCUGCCUUAAUCUCCAAACAUCUAACCAAAUCAAGAUUCCUUGACCCUGUCCUGUGCAAACUGUGA